AACUCAACUAGUUUCCAAAAUCAAAGCAUUUUCAUAGCCAGAAUUUGGUGAGUCGCAAGUAUUUAGUAUACUACAAAUAGAAGAAAACAAAUUAUAUUUUAAAAUUAUUAUGGCUUUCAACCCACAACGCACAUUUAGAGCCCAAACUUUUCGGUUACCACUGUCGGUUCUUCGUGUGUAUGAAACAUGGGAGCCAAAAUCAGACAUGAAAGAAACUUCUGAAGCUUACUUUCUUCAUGUUUAUCUUCCCGGUUAUACAAAGAAUCAACCAAAGAUUACACUGCAUGACGCGUCACAGAAGUUGAGAAUUACAGGUGAACGACCAAUACAAGGGGACAAAUGGAAAAAAUUCGACCAAACAUAUCUUGUUCCAGAAAAUAGUGAUGUAGCAACACUUGAAGCCAAGUUUGAGCAAGAAACUCUCAUUCUUAAAAUGCAAAAGAAACCCAUUUCACAACCACAAGUUAAAGAAGAAGUGGAAAAAAAUCAACAAGAUCCGUUAAGUAAUGAAGAUUUAGAAGAAACAAAGCUUGAAAAAGUCGAAGAGACCAUUCCACCAAUACAAUCUAUAACUAAAUUUGAAGAACCAAUUGAAGACAUGAAAAGUGAUUCACCUCAAACUCAAAGCAUUGAGAAAAAGACACAUGAAGUUAUUCAUGAUGACACGUUAUCUCAAAUUGCUAAAGAAACAAUUAGUUAUAGUGAGCCACAAAAGCCUCAAAAGGAUCUACAAGAGUCAGAGCCAAAACAACCAUUCAAUGGCACAACAAAAACACAUAACAAUGAAAGGCAUCAACAAGAAUUUGGGCCCAAACCAACUAUCAAGGACACCACAGAAACACAUAUAAAUGAAAAUGAUCGACCAAAAUUUGAUCCCAAACCAACAAUCAAUGACACAACUAAAACACAAAUAGAUGAAAUGGAUCAACAAGAAUUUGAGCGAAAACCAACAUUCAAAGACAUAGCCAAAACACAAUUUGAUGAAAAGGCUCAAAAGAGUCAAGAGGAAUUUGAGCCAAAACCAACAUUUAGUGAGAGAACCAAAAUAGAAAUAGAUGAAAAGUCUCAAAAGGGAAAAGAAGAAUUUGAGAAAAAUCUAACAUUCAUUAAGAGAACCAAAACACAAAUAGAUGAAAAGGCUCAAAAAGGUCAAGAAGAGUUUGAGAAAAAACCAACAUUCAUUGAGAGAAUAAAAACCCAAAUAGACGAAAAUGCUCAAAAGGGUCAAGAAAAAUUUGAGAAAAAACCAACAUUCAUUGAGAGAACAAAAACACAAAAAGAUGAAAAGGUUCAAGAAGAGUUUGAGAAAAAAGCAACAUUAAUUGAGAGAACCAAAUCGCAAAUAGAUGAAAAGACUCAAAAAGGUCAAGAAGAAUUUGAGAAAAAACCAACAUUCAUUGAGAGAACAAAAACAAAAAUAAUUGAAAAGGCUCAGAAUGUUCAAGAGGAAUUUGCGCCAAAACUAACAUCCAUAGAGAAACUCAAAACAGAAACAAAUGAAAAUCCUCAAAAUGGUCAAGAGGAAUUUAAGAAAAAACCAACAUUCCUUGAGAGAAUCAUGACACAAAUAGCUGAAAGGGCUCAUAAGGGUCAAAAGGAAUUUGAGCCAAAACCAACAUUCAUUGAGAGAACUAAAACAAAAAUAGAUGAAAAGGUUCAAAAGGGUCAAGAAGAAUUGGAGGUAAAACCAACAUUCAUUGAGAGAACCAAAACACAAAUAGAUGAAAAUUCUCAAAAGGAACAAGAAGAAUUUGAGAAAAAACCAACAUUCAUUGAGAGAACCAAAACCCAAAUAGAUGAAAAAGGUCAAGAGGAAUUUGAGAAAAAACCAACAUUCAUUGAGAGAACCAAAACACAAAUAGAUGAAAAUGUUCAAAAGGGCCAAGAGGAAUUUGAGCCAAAACGAAUAGAAAAAGUGGUUAGCAAUAAAAACUUUGAGGAAAAGAUAACGAGAAAGGGUGAUCACGAGGAUUCUCAGGAGGAAAUGAUCUCAAAGAAUGAAGAAAUUGAAGAGAAAAGUGAGGAGCCUUAUAAGUCAUGCAAAACCGUGAACGAUGUGAAAGAAAAUGAAUAUGAAAAAGGAGAACACUUUGCUCCAAAAGUUACAGAAAAUGAAAAGAAAUCUUGCAAUAGAAUUUCUCCUAAUCAAGAAGAGAAGAAUGGAAUCAGAAAAUUAGUUGUUACUUCUACUCAGUUUAUAACAAGAAUGGCAAAAGGGAAAUGGAGGGGUGAUGGGAGUUAUUUAUUUGAAAAUGUAGGUGUUGUAAUUCUAGUGAUUGCUGCAUUUGGAGCCUAUAUAUCAUAUAGAUUUUCCUCUUGAGGGAGAACUAUAACUAACUAUAGUUCUACUUAUACGUGAAUCAAUAAUGCUUGAUGCUUGAAUAAAUUCUCCUUUCAACUAA